GCCAGGCCCAGCAGUCUGAACAGGUCACCACCAUGGCUGUGUUCCAUUCCUUGUUACCACAGCUGGGGCUGUUCCUGUGUCUGGCACUAUACUCUUCUUCUGCCUUCUCUGUAAGUUAUAAUGACCGCUGCAUGGUCUUUGAUAAGGUGUUCACCUCCAACAACUCGGGAAUCAAGGCUAAGGCAGAGGUCUUCAGCAGGAACUCAGUCUACACAGUGUGGGUUCCUGUGAACAACAAAGUCAGCUCUGUGGUCCUGCGAGCAGUGAACCAGCACAACAACUCAGUGGGUUCCUGGGACGGAGCGAAUGAGGACUGCAACGGCACUGCUGUGUAUCAUGUGAAUCAGUCUAACAGCUCAUUCUUCGGGAUACACUGGAUAGUUCCUAAUACUGAAGACACCACGAACACCAACCUGCAAAUCUUUGUCGUGGAUUUCAAUCGCACAGCUGCAUUUUCUUCUGUGAAAGUGGAAAAUGUAACACCCACAGCCUUUACCCCUACUUCUAAGGUUUCUGGGACCAACCAGACCACAAGCAAGCCCACAGCCGAGACCACGACCAUGGCCACAGGCAAGACCACGACCAUGGCCACAGGCAAGACCACAACCAUGACCAGAGCCAAGACCACAGAGAAGCCCACAGCCAAGACCACAACCAUGGCCCCAGGCAAGACCACAGACAGCACUAUAGCCUUAACCACAGCCACAAGCCUGGCCAUCAGAGCACUCAGCAGCCCCAUCGCAUGUGCCAUCCAUAUCCUGCUUGUUUUUCUCACCAGCAAACUCCUUUUCUAAAAGAAACUAGGAAAACAAUCCUCUGACCUCCUGUGUACCCUCUCAAGCUCAGAUCCAGGCCAGUGCUUAAACAUAUGUAAAUGAAAUCUUUAUGUUAUUACAUGGGAAAUUCCACUGUUUCCAAGCAUAGACCUGCAAUACUCAAUGGUGGGUCUGAAUGACACAAGUGUUCACCUGGAUCUUUCAGGGCACAGAUUCUGCUUUUUGUAAAUACUUACACCAGCCUGGCUGAAACCUGGAGUUCUGACUCUUGGUUUAACAUGGUGACAGUCAAUCUGAAUUUCUGUUCAUUGCCAAAGGAUUCCCAUGGGCCUCCUGGGUUUCUAGGGGAAGAAUAUUUCUUUAUUUUCAAGAUGAUCUCAGAUUUCUGGCCAAACCCACUCAGGUUACACAGAACUUCUGUGACUUAUGUGAAUGGAGGUAGAAAAGAGAAAGGAGAACUAGUCCAGAGGCUACCGGUCGUUCCAAUUCGACUCACAACAGUAGGUUUUGAAGGGCAAGAAAAUAUGAAGGUUCCAUGUCUGAGUAGCUGAUGGCAAGCCACAUGAUGCUAUAAAGAUUUUUUUUUUAUUUUAUAAGUCACAACAAUGGAUGACACUUUGAACAAGAAUAAUAAAUGUGUUAAAUUGAAAUAUAAGUCUUUAAUGGGUGAUAAAAUACAGAUAUUUCCUAAUUUUGUUUAUGUAUUAAAAAUAUUAAUGGACCAA